AUGGAGGUGAGCACCAGAUCCCCUUCGUCGCAAUCCCAAGGCGGCUUCCGAUCACGCCGUUCGUAUCCAUCCCUCAACCAGGUCUCUCUAUCCCCGCUGAACCCUCGAUUCCCCAUCGACGACGAUUACGACGACAAUGAUACCGAUCCCGCCGACUACUUCACCCCUCGACGCGAAGUCCCCGACACCCCCACCGGCAGGACCUCUUAUCUCUCUAGCUUCUCCGUCCCCGGAACCCCAGGCGUCCUUUCCCACUCCCACUCCCGCAGCGGGUCCCGCGCGCGUCUCGAUUCCCGGAGCAAGAGUUCCACUCGCAUCCAUUCCAGCGACACCAACCUGCAAACCCAGGGCCUGGCCAGCCUCCCCCCUCACCACCACCAUCACCAUCGCCACCAUCACCAUGAGGCCUCAGAAAACCACAACACAUUAUCACCUCCAUCCUCCCGCCGCCACCCGCCCGACGUCCAUCGCCACUCAGACACAGAAUGGAUGCUCCGCGCCGGCAUUGCCCUCGCCUCGUCGACCCGCGAGGAAAAAGGCCAAAGCUGGCUCCAGCAGCAGCAACCCAUCGUCCCGGAACCCCGCCACUCUCGAUCCGGCCAUUCCACCCCGGCUGCCUACUCCCGCCGAGGCUCCCGCCCCUCGAGCAGAAGACCCAGCCGCCCCGAUCUCCUCAUGACUAGCCUCGGCAGCACAGGAACAGCCAAACCACAAGAUCCCACGGUCACCACCACCGCCCCCAGCAGCGGAAUCGGCACCCCUAGCGAAGCCGACCACGCCGCCACGCGCCACUUAGUCCCGGACUUCGUCGACGAGCGAAUCCGCGCGGAGAUGGAAAUCAUCCAACAGGACGAAGACGAAGACAACCUCUCCUCGGCCUCGGAUUCCUUGUUCGCCUCCGAAGACGAAAUAGACGAGCAGGAGCUGCAGCGUCUCACCCGGGAACGGGGCUUCGGGCUAGGUAGUUGGAUCGAUCGGAUGGUCGAAUGGACUCUCUUCGGGGUCGACGACUGGCCGCUUUCUGCUUCUGCUACUACCGCCCCAGCCCCAGCCUCAGCCCGCCCGGCCGACUACUACCAUCCAAGGCACGAGCUCGACAUCGACAACAUCCGCGAAGAAGAAGCCGAUAACAUCUCCCUCCCUGAUCCGGACUCCGAUACCGCCUCCGUGGCUGAGAAACCCGGAGACCACGGCGGCUGGGAAGACGCCGGGUGGUUGUUCCGGAUCGUCAAACGGGCAUUACCAUGA